AUGGGAAUCCCCAAGUUGAUCGAAGAGAACAAGAUUCCAGAAUUUGCUUUCAUUUUAGGCUCGCAUCCAAAUGAUGAAGAUGCGCACUUUAGGGUGUCGGAAGAGCAAAUAUUCACUGCAAUAUUUGCAUACGUGGACCUGUUGUUUGGUAAGAUAAAGCCAAAGAAACUUUUCUUUAUGGCAGUAGACGGCGUGGCUCCGCGGGCAAAAAUGAAUCAGCAACGAAGUCGACGGUUUCGCACUGCCAAGGAAGCGAAGGAAGUCAGAGAGAAGGCAGAGUCGAAAGGAGAAAAACUACCAGAUGAGAAAGCGUUUGAUAGUAAUUGCAUUACGCCAGGUACCCCUUUUAUGGUCAGGCUAUCUGCGCAGCUACGCUACUUUGUCAACAAGAAGAUUACCGAAGAUGCUAAUUGGCGUGGCGUGCAAGUUGUAUUGUCCGGUCACGAAGUACCGGGUGAAGGUGAACACAAGAUCAUGGAAUACAUUCGGCUAUCGAGAGCCCAACCUGAUUAUAACCCGAACGUGCGGCAUUGUCUGUACGGUCUUGAUGCCGAUCUCAUCAUGCUUGGCCUUCUGAGUCAUGAUCCACACUUCUGUCUCUUGCGAGAGGAAGUAAAGUUCGGACCUGCCGCGAAGAAGAAGGGCAACAUCAGCGCAAGUCUGGAGAACCUCAACUUCUACCUUCUUCAUCUCUCGUUGAUGCGUGAAUACCUGGACCUUGAAUUUCGUGAUAUAGAAGACAUUCUCGCAUUCGAUUACAGCUUAGAGCGAGUCAUCGAUGACUUCAUUCUCCUGGCCGUCUUCGUCGGGAAUGAUUUUCUACCUAAUCUUCCAGAUUUACAUAUCCACGAGAACGGACUGGAGCGCCUGUUUGAUGUGUACAAGAAAGUUUUACCGUCGCUGGAUGGUUACAUGAACGAGGGCGGGGUCAUCAAUACCAAGCGACUGCAGGUCGUCCUAGACGAAAUGACUAUAUGGGAGCGAGAGAUCUUCGAGAAAGAGUACGCUGACUCGAAUUGGUUCAAGGGAAAGCGGGACAAACACGUCCAAGAAAUGGAACUUGCGCGCAAGCAUGCUAAGCUUGUUCUUACGCGCCCUCAACGAGACAUCUUCAAUCAAGUACAGCAGUUUGUCUUGCAGAAUCGCAGGAAAUCGUCACAGUACCGAACUGCAGCACUGACAAUGCCUAAUACGUUUCCCGCUCGGGAACGGAAGUUCAUCAGUACCCUGGCGGAGGAGUUACAUCUGUCUGUUUCUUGGGAUGAGUACGAUGAGGAAGACCAGAAUCUUGUCACAUGGCGACUCCCCGGAGUUUUGGACGAACCCUUAGCAGAACCUGAUCCCGAGCAAGCUAACGGAGACGGGAAUAGUGAGGGCGAGUGGGAAGACGUGGACGAGGAAGAUGAAGAAGGUAGGGCUGCAGUAGAUCGAGUGUUGAAGAAAUUCGACAAGGCCCCUGUGAUGGAUGAUGAGGAAGGUGGGGGUUUUGACGCUCGACAUGAACAAUCCAUCAAUGACAAAAUGGCGGAAUGGAAGAGAGGAUAUUACAAGGAGAAACUUGGGAUCUCCUAUGACGACCCCCAAAAGAUGCACGACUUGAUAUACCGCUACGCAGAGGGCCUACAAUGGGUUAUGCACUACUAUUACAGUGGGAUAGCCUCCUGGGGCUGGUUUUACAAUUACCAUUACGCACCACGGAUAUCUGAUUUGCGUGGUCUUGGCGACAUGUCGUUCGCAUUCGAGUUGGGUAAACCUUUCCAUCCUUUCGAACAAUUGAUGGGCGUCCUCCCGUCCGCAAGCAUGGAUCAUAUUCCGAUAGCAUAUCAAGACCUGAUGUACGAUCCAAAUUCGCCGAUAUUGGACUUCUACCCCCUCGAAUUCGAGCAAGACCUAAAUGGGAAGAAGCAAGAAUGGGAAGCGAUCGUUAAGAUUCCCUUCAUUGAUGAGCAGCGGCUGUUACGAGCAAUGCAAUCCCGAGAGCAUAGGUUGACUCCAGAAGAACGCCGCCGCAACGGCUUCGGAACCAGUACCAAAUUUCUCUUCAAUCCUGGAGAGUCCACAGUCUAUCCUUCAUCGUUGCCAGACUUCUUCCCUCCCAUAUAUCGUUGCACAUGCAAGAUGGAACCCUUCGACCUACCAACCCUUGACGGACUCCAUCUCGUGCCUGGACUAUGCGAAGGUGUAUGCCUCGGUGCAAAAGCCCUCGCUGGAUUCCCCUCGCUGGAUACAUUACCUCACACAGCGCAACUAGGAUUUCACGGUGUCAACGUACACGGUUCCGAAAGCCGCAACAAGUCAAUGGUAGUUCACAUACAAAAUCCUCACGAAAACCGCAAGGUAGAGGAUAUUGCCAAGGAAAUGGUUGGCAAACGCACUUUCGUCGGUUGGCCCUUCUUGCAGGAGGGACUAGUGACCGCCGUAUCCGAUUCGAUGUUCAAAUACGAGAAGUUGGUAGUCGUGCCUGGUACACCGGCAAAGGUCGUUUCCAAUCCGCAUUUCAACCAGGGCCUGAGUCAUUGGAAGGGCAAAGCUGAGCGGAUUGAGUCGGUAUAUUCAAAGAAAUGCGGAGUGAUCACUGGUGACGUCGAUGUCCUAGUGCACGUCCGUCCGCUAAAAGGUUUGAAACGCUUAGAAUCAGGCGCAUUGGUUAAGGAUUACGAAGGACCCGAAAAAGAACUUGAACAAGCCGUCCAGAUGGUCAUCUCAGAAGUUGCAUCUGAAGAUCCCAGGUUCCUCGAGAAGGAUGCUCCACCUCUAUCGGAGGAAUUUCCUGAUGGAACGAAUAUUUUCUUCCUGGGCGAACACGCGUAUGGUGUGGCUGCCCAGGUGUCUUCAGCUACCGACAGCGCUUUGUCUGUUGUCUUGGCAUUCUUCCCUUCAGAUAAGAUGGAUAUUAAGAAGUUCAAGACUAUUGUUGACAGUCGUGUUUCCUCGCAUUAUUCACCGUCGUUCAAAGCAGCUCCCGCAAUCGGAAUGUCACCCAGAGCGCUCUCCAAGAUCACAUCGAGCUUCAUGGUUCUCACCUCCGAUCAUCAAAAGAACAAUCUUGGACUAAGCAUCAAGUUCGAGGCCAAGAGCUUAAGGGUUAUUGACUACUCGCGGAAGGCUGGUCGCUAUUGGGAAUUUAGCGAGAAGGCAGUUGACCUCAUUUAUGAAUAUAAGGAAAAAUUCCCAGAAAUUUUCGCGAUUCUGGACCAAGGGGGCGACGAUAUGGUCCGCGCUACGGACAUCUUUGACUCUCACGCUGAUGUCAGGGUUAAGGAAGUAAAGUCGUGGCUCAAAUCGAAGGGGGUCCGAGAUCUUGAACCAGUUUCCCUCUUCUCGGACAACCUAGCGAAGAGCACUGUCGAAGAAAUCGAACAGGUUGCCGAUGACAUCAAUAAGAACAGGUCCAAAGCGACAAUCAAGAAAGCCAUUGUGAAGAACAUCCCUCGCCACGCAGUUCUGAAACCAUCACACGCUAUUUAUCGACUCCAGAACCAGCACUUUGCCUUGGGAGACAGGGUUACUAUGGUUCAAGAUUCAGGUGGAGUGCCGUUGUCUGCGAAGGGUGUCGUUGUUGGGUUGAACACAAAGUCGAUGGAUGUCGUGUGGGAUGUGCCAUUUAUAUCUGGUACGACGCUUGGGAACAGAUGUUCUCAGUAUCGAGGUUCGACUGUGGAGUUCAAUUCAUGCCUAAACCUAAGCCACCCCCAAUUCAUCGCUUCCACCUCCCCUGGGUCAACUUAUCCUCCUCGUCCGAGUGUUCCUUUCAAACCUCGAAUUGGCCCGUAUCCAGCCAUCCAACCUGCCCCUGGGCAUCAAGCUGUUGCUGGAUUCCGCUCUGCUGCACAGAGCCAACACCAACCACCCGUAGCAAUUAUGGCCAAUCCGAACCGGGGUCGUGGAUGGCAUGUUACUCGUGCUCGUGGAGGCCCUCCUUUCAACGGCCACUCAGGACCACUAAAUGGACGUGGUGGACCCACAACAAACGGUCGUCCUGCACCAACAGCAGAAGGCACCUCGGGAGGCGAAGCUUCUGGAUCGACAUCGCAACUUGCCGUGAACGCUAGCAACCAACCUCCCUCUCAUGACAAUGGUGCACCAAGCAGAGGCGAGGUGGUUUGCGAGGACGAGGGGUUGUGCCGCAUCUUGAUCGCGGGAGAGGAAGAGGUUACCGAGGAAGGGGACGAGGUGCUGUCGCUCACCCCGAGUCUUCAUGAGUUCCGUGUAUUUUUACCUACCUAUCUGUAG